UCGUUCCAUAUUGCUGCUUAUCAGAAACUAACUGGAGUUCACUACUCAAAGUAAUCCUUUAAAAGAUACAAUUUUUAAGUGAAAAAAAAAUGUUGGCCGGAAAAUAUGCCAUUUUCAUAUUCAUCGUACUUUUUGUGUCUGAUAUAAUUGAAGCAGCACCCAAAAGUGAUAAAGGCAAAAGUGUUGCGAGUAGUUCAGGCGAUAAAGUCUAUGCCAGAUUUAAUGCAUCAAACGUCCAAGGUACUGCAAAUGUUGAAUAUCAAAUUCGAAGCAUACCUAGCACACGAUUUCCAGAGGCAUUAUAUUUGAGACAGACAUUUCUUGCAGACGAAACAAUAUCUCAAUAUUGGCGUCUCACUUUUACUGACGAUGAAAUUCAAAAAUAUAGACAGCAUUGGCAAUAUCUUUUGAACCAGGGUAUGUCGUUGGCCUGUUUUGAUAACGAAGAUAACAUGGUGGGCUUGGCAAUAUUUUAUAUUGCAACGAAACAGGGUUCGAAGGGCAAAAGAGGAGUGGAAACGGACAUUGACGACGAGCUGAUGGGUUUUGAUAUUUUCAAACAUCAUCAAGUCAAGGAAAUCUUGGCCAAUGAUGGUUUGGUCGUUUUACAAAAUUAUCGUCGUCGUGGCAUUGCAAUGCAGAUUCUUUUGGCGGCAAAACAUAUUUGCGCAGAAAAUAAAUUAGAAGUGGCAGCUACCGUUAUUACAUCUAACAGCGUCAAUAAAAUGGCAACCGAUUUCGGUUUCGAGACCAAUGCAUGUGAGAGAUUUUCGGAUGAUGUUGCAAUGUGUUUGAGAUCAAUCAAAUUUAAACGCAAUUAAUACUGAAGAAUCAUUAUAAACUUUGUCAAAACAGACAUUGACGGUGUCAAUUUGAUGAAGCACAAUAAUUUAUUUGAAUUGUUUAAUUUUUCUGUUUAUAUUUGAAAUUAAAAAAAAAAUUUGACGAACGUUUCUGCUCA